UCCCCGCGCGCAGUUCACCGCCUGCCUUCACCCUCUUGCCUUCUCCCCUUCUCCGCACUUCUUUCAUUUUCUCUGCCCCCCAGAGCGACCGUCUCCAGUCUCCAUCUUCGCAGCCUUUCUCCUCCGGGUCCUGGCCUCCUACGAAGCCACACCCUUGCGGACCAGCGCCCUGGAGGAGUUUGAUAAUUGACUUAAGGUCAACAAAAGAAAAAAGUGAGCUUGGAGACGCUGGAGCACAGGCUCGUCCGGCGGAGCUGAGAAGGGCUCCCGGCCCCGGGCCCCACCUGCCGGGACGCCCGGCCGGACCCCUGCCCGGCCCGCGGGGCGCACGGAGGGACGCGCCGGUGGCCGCAGGUUCAUGAGUGGCGUUUUGGACAGGGAGCCUGGUGUGGGAGCCCAGAGCCAGUUUGCUGAACUGCCGUUGUCCCAGCCCCACGAGUGUCCGGGAAGGUGUAAGACUCCAGCCCCGCAAAGAUGCUGAAACAGAUCCUGUCGGAGAUGUACAUAGAUCCUGAUCUGCUGGCAGAGCUGAACGAGGAACAGAAACAGAUCCUGUUCUUCAAGAUGAGGGAGGAGCAGAUCCGCCGCUGGAAAGAAAGAGAAGCAGCGAUGGAAAAACAGGAGUCCUUGCCAGUGAAACCCAGACCAAAGAAAGACAACAGCAAAUCCGUUCACUGGAAACUGGGAGCCGACAAGGAGGUCUGGGUCUGGGUGAUGGGCGAACACCACCUGGACAAACCCUACGAUGUGAUCUGUGAUGAGAUCCUUGCGGAGAGGGCGAGGCUGAAGGCCGAGCGGGAGACGGCGGAGCUCAGAAAAGCUCAGCCCGGAGAGCUCAGCAGCAGCUCGAAACCAAAGCCGCCGUCCUCCGAGGGGCGGGCGCCCGGGAACGUGGGGGAGAAGGCGGCGGAGACGGGGACGCCAGGCCGAGGCUGCGGGCAGGCUGCGCCCCUCGCAGAGCAGAAAGCGCCUCUGUCCUCCAGCUCCUCAAGAAAUAUUCACCAAAUGUUGGCAGAUUCUGUCAGUCGUAUAAAGGAAUUCGGAUUUCACCAGAAGAAAGAAUCAGUGAAGAAAACACAAGAUGAAGAAAUAAAACAAAUAGAUGAAGAGAGAACCAAGCAGAUUUAUAAAAACUGGAAAGAAGAUUCAGAGUGGCAGGCCUCUUUGCGAAAAUCCAAAGCUGCUGAUGAGAAGCGGCGCUCCCUGGCCAAGCAGGCCCGGGAGGACUACAAGCGGCUGUCGCAGAGGGGGAGGAGCGGCAAGGGACAGCAGGGCCCCCCGGGCGGCCCCCAGAAACCCAGGAGGCCCCCGCUCCCGCCCAAGCCUCAGUUCCUGAGCCCAGCAGGACAGCCACACACACCUCUCAGGAAUGAGAGAGUGACGAGGCCGGCGUCCAGCCCAGCCCAGGAGGACAUCAGGCGCUGGUUCCGGGAGGAGCAGCUUCCUCUGCGGGCCGGCUACCUGGCGGACUCGGACAGCAUCGCCCCCUGGUUCCACGGAAUCCUCACGGUAAACAGAGCGAACGAGCUUCUGAGCACCUGCGUGCCGGGCAGCUUUCUGAUCCGGGUCAACGAGAAGAUCAAGGGCUACGCCCUGUCCUACCAGUCCGAGGACGGCUGCAGACAUUUCCUCAUAGAUGCCUCCUCGGACUCAUACGGCUUCCUGGGCGUGGACCAGCAGCAGCACGCCAGCCUGGCCGAGCUGGUGGAGUACCAUAAGGAGGAGCCCAUCACCUCCCUGGGGAAGGAGCGCCUUCUGUACCCCUGCGGUCAGCAGCAAGAGCCGCCCGACUACCUGGAGCUGUUUGAGUGAUAGCCCUGCAGCCAGCAGACCCCGCGGCCGUGGACACAUGUGAGAAGCCACCGCAAACUGACCCCAACCAAGUGAAAGGACCCUUGAGGUUCCCUAAAGAUCGCUGCACGCAGGUUGGGGUUUCACGCCAGGAGGGAAUCGCCUCCUCCACGUUGUACAUGCCCCAGCAGUAAAGGGAGACGAACCCACACUUCCACAGCUCCUAACGUGAAGGCUGCGACACUCACGACGUGUGAAACAAACCAAGAAACUGGCACCUUGUAGGAAUUAAGCGCGAGCGAAAUAGCUUUGGUCGUGUCUGACUCUUUGUGACCCCAUGGGCUGUAGCCCACCAGGCUCCUCUGUCCAUGGGAUUCUCCAGGCGAGAAUACUGGAGUGGGUUGCCAUGCCCUCCUCCAGGGGAUCUUCCCCACCCAGGGAGCGAACCCGCAUCUCUUACAUCUUCGGCCUCAGCAGGCACGUUCUUUGCCACUAGCGCCACCUGGGAAGCUCAUCGGAAUCAAGGGACACCUCAAAGCCAGCCUCUCCCGCGGCCUCACGGGAAGAUCUCAGGCUCCAGGGUGUAAGACACAGGGAACAUGAGUUGGAGGUGGGGUGAGCUGAAUGGGGAGUUUGAAGGUGUCGGAAGAGGGGCUUCACAUGCACAGAAAUACCCUGGACGAGGGCAGGAGGCAGGGGACCGAUGUGAGUGGUUUCCCAGCUCUGGGGGAGUGGGCAGGGCUCCAGCCAGGACCACACCAAGAAGGAGAAGCCCCGCGCGUGACUGCUGUUGGCAGAUGGACCAGGGCAUUUGGGGGAUCGCCUUGGACACCAUGUGUCCUGGGAUGAGACACCCCACCCCGCACCUGAACCUGACCUUAUUUGGAAACAGGGUCUUUGAGGCUGAGGUCAGACCAGAUGAGGGGGCGCCCAAAGCCGACAGCUGGCAUUCUGACAAGGAGAGAGGGCUCUGGAAGCGGAGACACGCCGAGGCAGAGCCCCGAGUGAGAAGCUCGGGGACACGGGGGCCAGCAGGUUGGCUGGAGCCCCUCCUCCCCAGGACCCCGGGGACACCUCAGCUUCAGACUUCCAGCCUCCAGGACUAUGACGGAAUAAAUGUCCUUUUUCUUAGACCACUGAGUUUAUGGUAAUUUAUUACGGGAGAGCCCCAGGAAGCGAAUGCAGACAUUUACGUCGUCACAGAUGCUGAGGGGCACGGUGUACCCGUGGUCACUGUUCAGCCUGCCCGCCUCCUAACGAAGGGAAAGGGGGAGAUAACCUCCCCUGGCGAUUCUGGCAGAUGUACUGAGUCAGGAGUCUCCUGCC